AUGCAGCCCUCGCUUUACCGAUUCACUCAUACGGGUCUAUCUUUAUUUUGUGGCAUCUAUCGAUUAAGAAACAAAAGUGACAUCACUAAAUCAUGGCGUCUGUCUCGCCCGAAACAAGCAAUAAUUUUGUUUUCUCCAUAUAUUUCCGUUCAUACUCACUUUGUGUGGCACCAUCACUGUUCCAAUCGUGGUGCAUCCAUAAAUAACAGCGAUUGCCCUAAAAUGGGCUCGUCGAAAAAGCACAAGAAGAACAAAUCGGAGCGGCGCGAAAAAUAUGAAGAAUAUAGCCAACACCAGGAUCCCGCACAAUUGCAACGCGGCCUGAAGCUAAUCCUAAAAGUUGGCUCGAAUGCAACGCCCGAAUACAGCGCCAAUUCACCGCUAACAACUCUGGACGCUGGUCAUGGACCCCCAACAGCUGCAGAGGCGAUGAUGGCGGCGGCUCCGGGCAGUCCCACAGUGCCCGAUGAGCUGCAGUGCGACGGUGAGCUGGGCGGCCAUCGUGAGCGACACAAGAAGUCCAAGAAGAAGAAGAAAAAGAAGGAUCGCGAGAAGAAGCACAAACAUCACAAGGAGAAGCGUCAUCGCAGCCGGGAGAGACAUCGCGACCUAUGCUCCGAGGAGCGGCUCAACGAUGAGACAACACGAACAACACCCGCACCGGAUGACGCCGCCUGCAGUGGCUUCUCCUCGCAACAGCGGAGUCCGCGCAGUCAGGCGCCGGCGUCAGUGGAUGCGGAUUGCAGUCAGGAUGGCUUCAGCUAUAUGGACGAUGAUGCGGAGCAGUCGCCAUCACAGCCACUCCCCGAGAACAUCUUGUACUAUGCGGGUAUUACCACAGACAAUUCGCCUUCCAAUUGUCCGGUCACGAAGCCGAUAGCUCCGCGUAAACUGGACGAUAUGCUGCUCAGCUCACCAAACUCUUCAUCACUGGGCAUGACGGCAGCCGGCAGUAGUCCAACAAAACCGUUGCCCGAUCUACUUAUACCUUCGCCUUCUGGUUCGACGGCUGCGUCCACGCCAGGCGGCGCCAGUUUACUGAAUGCGCUGACACCCAAGGCGCUGGAGGCGCCAAAAACGCCCAGCAGCAGCAGUGAAUCGGGACGUGAGCCCCGCAGCUGUGUGUUGAAGCUGAAGCAGCAGAAGUCGCCGCUCAAUAAACUGCUGGAGCAUCUGUUGCGCUUCCUGGAGAAACGGGAUCCGCAUCAGUUUUUUGCGUGGCCCGUCACCGAUGACAUUGCGCCCGGCUACUCAUCCAUCAUUAGCAAACCGAUGGACUUUUCCACGAUGCGCCAGAAGAUCGAUGAUCACGAGUAUGCGGCGCUGAGUGAGUUCAGCGACGAUUUCCGUUUGAUGUGUGAGAAUGCCAUACGCUACAAUCAUGUGGACACCGUUUAUCACAAGGCGGCCAAGCGAUUGCUACAGAUGGGCCUCAAGCAGCUGCAGCCGGAGAAUCUAAUGAGAACGCUAAAGCCGCUCUCUGUCUACAUACGGGAACUGACCGCCAAGGAGUUGGGAUUCGAGCUCAGUUGCAAUGAACUGGCCUUGGGCUAUGAUCCACACGAUUCGGCGGAUGAGGGUGCGUCGACGGGUGCCGAGGAGCCCACGCCUGCCCAACUCGAGGAGGAGGAGCGCAAGCGGGCGCUUCGUUUGGAAAAUGCACCCAAAACGCACUUUGAGCCGUAUGUGGAUGAUCUGACCAGUGAGGAAAUACUCGCUCAGGUCCAAGGUGCCGCACAGCAAGCCAAGCAGAGGAUGAGUGCCAAGCAGCGGGCACACAAAAUGGGCUUCCUGCGCCAGCACAAGGAUGGCAGCACCACGCUCAAUCUGCUCAUCCGAGAUGAGAACGAGGGACCCGAAAAGGUGGUCACAAUCGGCGAUUUGGUGGGUAAGCUGCCCGCAGGCAGUGUUCACCUGCAAGGCAUCCACACGGAUCAGCGGAAUGCUGUCAAGCCGGUCAAGCCCAUGAACUAUGGUCCAUUUGCCAGUUUUGCGCCCACAUUCGAUUCACGCUUCUCCACGCUGAGUGCCGAGGAGACGCAGCUGGUGCUGCGCACCUACGGCGAUGCGUCCAGCGCCGAAUAUGCCGAGAGCAUACUGCAGUUCACCAGGGACUCCAGCUAUGGCACGAACAUUGCAAACGGUCUGCUCGACAUACUCACCAAUGGGGAGCACAGUAAAUCCCUCGACGAACUGUACAACAUGCAGAUACAAAACUACGAGCAGCAGGAGAUUGAGAAGUGCUUCAGCAAUCAUCAGCAGGACCAGCAGCCAGCUGAGGAGGCAACCGCAUGCAACGAGCAGACAAGCGAACAGAUCGAAUUGGAGUAUGAGAAGUACAAGGACACUCGACUGGACUUCAAGCGGCUGCGCUCGCUCAAGGAUCUGGGCAUCGAUGUCGGGUUCCUCGACAGCAUGGAAACCGAUAUGAAGAACUUUGAGUUAUCGCGUCGCAUGCACGAGCACCUAAGCAAUAAUCUAACCCUUAUCGAGAAGCUCCGUGUCAUCCAGCACGAGCGGCUCUCGCAAACACUGCCAGCGCACUUGGCUCAGGUACCGCACGCUGGCCAGGAGGAGACGCAAACGGCACAGCAGCUAACGCAGCAGCUGAGUGACUUGGCCAAGAAGCUGCCACCUUCAGCGAUUGCCGAUCAAUAUGCCUUGCGCAAGGCAAUGGGCAUGUCCUUUGCCGGUUUGCCACCACCGCCGGCCUCGCCUCGCGUCCAAUUGCCCGAGCUGCUGCAACAACCUGUGUCGCUGCCACAACUGCAACCCGUUGUUGGCCACGUGCCCAUGGACAUUGAUGAGCCGGACGUGCAUGCCGGCGGCGAUCUGGAGAACGAGCUGCGCGAAUUUCUCGAAAGCGGAUCGGGCAUGCACGCCUCCAAUCCGGCGGAUGAUAAUAACAUUGUCGCCCAACUGCUGCUCAACUAGACGAACGUACAAUCUUCUGGCGAACCCAAAACGCCGCACGCAAUGUUAAUAAUGCUAGAUAACAAACUACGCUAAAUUAUUUUCAUAUAUCCACAUCGCUAUGGCAUUUUCAAUAAACAAAAAAAAAAAAAAAUUAAAGGAAACUAAGUA